UCUCGCCCCUCGGGCUGGCCCUCCCGGAUCUUCCGCCCCGGGAUCCGGGCCGCCGGCCCCGCCUCCGCGGGCCCGAGCCUGGAGCGCGGGGCUCGGCCCACCUGGCCCCGCGGCUGACAGUGUGCUGACCUUGGGCAAGCCUUGCCUGCUGGGCCUCCGAGUCCUACCUGCACCAGGGGGCUGGGGUGGGAAUGUCCCCGCCGCCCCAGCUCUCACGUCCUGAGGCUGCGGCUCUCUGGGCGGGUGGAAUCAUGGGAGGUCCUUAACAGCCCCCACUUGCCACUGCGCCCCCAGGCUUUGGCCAUGAACUCUGGAGAGAGGAAGCUGGAAGCAGCAGGGCCCAGAGGUAGAAGGGCUCGCAGACCCCGGGAGCAGGACCGAGAUGUGCAGCUGUCCAAGGCGCUGUCCUAUGCCCUGCGCCACGGGGCCCUGCGGCUGGGGCUUCCCCUGGGGGCUGGCGGCUUCGUGCCCCUGCGCGCCCUCCUGCAGCUGCCCCAGUUCCGCAGCUUCUCAGCGGACGAUGUGCAGCGUGUGGUGGACACCAAUGGGAAGCAGCGGUUCGCCCUGCAGCCAGGGGACCCCAGCACCGGCCCUCUCAUCCGGGCCAAUCAGGGUCACUCCCUGCAGGUACCUGAGUUGGAGCUGAUGCCCCUGGAGACCCCGCAGGACCUGCCCCUGAUGCUGGUCCAUGGCACAUUCUGGCAGCACUGGCCCUCCAUCCGGCUCCAGGGCCUGUCCUGCCGCGGAAGGACACACAUCCACUUGGCCACGGGACUGCCUGGGGACCCCGGUGUCAUCAGUGGCAUGCGGCCGAACUGCCACGUGGCCGUGUUCAUCAACGGGCCCCUGGCCCUGGCAGACGGAAUCCCCUUCUUCCGCUCUGCGAACGGGGUGAUCCUGACUCCAGGAAACGCCGAUGGCUUCCUGCUUCCCAAGUACUUCAAGGAGGCCCUGCAGCUACGGCCUACCCGAAAACCCCUCUCCUUGGCUGGUGAUGAAGAGACAGAGUGUCAGAGUGGCCCCCAGCACAGCUCCAGAGGAAGAAGGAUGAUCCAACAAUAAAAUAUUUAUUAAAAAGGAAAUGUAAAAAGAUAAAAAAACAAAACAAAAACCUUCCCGUUUGAAACCAUCAAUUCCCAUGCUCUGGCUACAGCUAGUCU